CCUACUUCUGAAUACAACUAACACAACCGAUCACAUUCCGUUGCCGUCGGCCACCAGCCGCCGGCCGCCGGCUCAGCGUGGCGCGCUCUUUGCAGUUCGUAGCUGCGCGUAGCCUACCGUAGACUCGCGUAGCAUUCACGAUAGAUUUUUUACCGACUCAUUAAAAAUUGCGUUUAUGUAUGAAUUAUCGAAACCGAACUUUUAACAUGAUGCACGUGGAACAAACCGAUCCGCGCACGGCGAGUAACGGACGCACCGAAGGCACGCCGCGCGUGCCGCCAUAUUGUUUCGCGCCCCGCCCCCCACACCGCUUCGUAACACUAUUGGGCAAAAACACGACGUAGGCGGGGCGUAUCUCACCAAAAUGUUGCCAGCUUUUUGAAUAAAUAAUUUCAGUAAUUUAAGUAAUGAAGGCAAUUAUGGCGUUGUUUAGCUAAGUUCGCGCGGUAGCGGGAACUUUAUAUUUAUAUCGGUCUCUUUAUGUACGCCGACGCGGUUAAUGCCGCGAUCUGUUUGCGUUGUGCCUUAUUUAUUGCGGACGCUGCACGCCGGCCCGCGAUUUAAACUGCAAUUAUUUUGUACGCUUAAGGAAAACAUAUUGCACUAUUUAAAUGAGCGCAGUAAAAAUGCUUAGCUGUCGUUGAUAUACAACAAUACAUCUUUUGUAUGGUGCAUAAUAUUAAAGUGUAGUUGGUACUCGUAGAACCGUAAGUUUCAUACUAGGUACCCACUCUAACAGAUUACAGGAAAACUAACUCAACUAACAGUUGUAUUGGUUUUUAUUGAUAUUACCUAGGUAUACUAAAUAUUUUGAAGGUAAAAAAUGCAUGGACAAAAAGUCACAAAUUUCCAUCAUGAAUCGCAAUGACGUUGCGUGCCGGCUCUGGCUCGAGUAAACAGUGACGUCACAGAGCGUCACGACAAAAAGUCGAUUUUCGCAAGUUCGGCCAGCUGACUGCGCUCGCGGCCCGCUCCCCUCCGCCACGCACUGAAAAUUCAGUGCGACGAGAUUUCAGCGCGAGCGAGAGAGACAGCGGGGAAGGGCAGUAGAGAGAGUGGGACGGUUACAUGCAUGUGGGGAUCCGCAAGACGCGCGGUGGGCGGGCGGUCGGAUGAUGUAUAGAGUGGUGGAGUUAGGUUCAAAUUGUGCCGGGAAGUGGCCGAGAUUAGAGCCCGCGGGCCGCGCCGCGAACGUAAGCCCACUUAAGACUGUUUUUAAUACUAGUAUUUUUUACGCGAUCCCGACAGGAUUUAGCGGAUAAGCGACGUCGCGAUCGUGCUUUGAUUUAUCGGUUUCGAAUUCGGUUUCGGUUGGUGUUUACGCUAGUGGUGACGCUAGUAAUCCCGCGGCUUGUCCCAGAUUAUGACGGAUACCGGAUUGCGUGUACACACACUGUGAAAAUCGCGGAAUUAUCAGACGCGCUAAGCCAGCUUUUCGCUUGUUAAUAAACCCAAUGCGCUGCGCAUAAGCGUGUUGUAUUCUUCUCCCCUCGACUCCGUCCGGCCUCACCAUUCACCUCCGCGUGUACAAAGAGGCGCUGGCGGCCGGCAUGGAGCCGCUGAGCGAGGGCCUGUGCCUGUCGGAGCUGGAGCUGCACGGGGGGCACUUACACGAGUCAGUGGCGGCGUCCGUGGGCUCGGCCAUCUCCAGCCUCAUGGCGCCGCUGCACCACGAGCCGCAGCACACGCCGCUGCACGCGCACGCGCCGCCCCUACACCACGAGCCGCUUGAAAAGCUUAAACUAUGGGCGGAAACAGGCGAGUUUCGGGACAGCGGGCACUCAUCGCUGACGUCGGGCGGCUCGGGUGUUGAACAGUCACUGUACGCGCCGCCACGCCCGCGCCGCGACCGCAAGCACAACGACGACAACUCCCGGCCGCUCACGGAAGCGACGAUCAAAACGGAGUCGACGACCCCGGGCGUAGGCGGCGACGAGGGCCUGGACGACAAGGGCGACAAGAAGAACAAGCGGCAGCGGCGCCAGCGCACGCACUUCACCAGCCAGCAGCUGCAGGAGCUCGAGGCCACGUUCGCGAGGAACCGCUACCCCGACAUGUCCACGAGGGAGGAGAUCGCCAUGUGGACCAACCUCACGGAGGCGAGAGUUAGGGUAUGGUUUAAAAACCGAAGAGCGAAAUGGCGAAAGCGGGAGCGCAAUGCCAUGAACGCGGCCGCGGCCGCCGCCGCUGACUUCAAAAACGGUUUCACCACGCAGUUCAACGGGCUAAUGCAGCCCUUCCCCGACACUGACAUCUACUCUUCCUACCCCUACAACAACUGGGCCGCCAAAGUCCCUAGUCCGCUAGGGACGAAAAGCUUUCCAUGGCCCGUAAAUCCUCUGGGUUCCGUCGUCCCGGCUAGCCAUCACCAAGGCUCCGUUAACUGCUUCAACACGGCUACAUCGAUGGGCGCCGUCGGCGGCAGCAGCAUGGCGGUAGCGGGCUCGGCCGGCGUCGGUGCCGGUGUCGCGCCUUGCCCGUAUACCGCUCCCCCCAACCCGUACACGAUGUACCGGACGGAGCCGUGUCCGGCGAUGUCGUCGUCGAUAGCACAGCUGAGGCUGAAAGCGAAGCAGCACUCUACAGGGUUCAGCGGCGGCUACGGGACAGUGUCGCCGGUGUCGCGGGCCGGCUCGGCGCCGCUAUCGGCGUGCCAGUACGCGGCGGGCGGGGUGGGCGUGAGCGACCGCGUGCUCUGAGACGAGGCGCGCGGCCGCGACGAUGCGCGUUCGCCGCUGCUGACCGCCGCGCGCGCCUCCUAGUCGCCGCCCGCGCCCGACGCCUCCACACCUCUUGGACUUUAUAGGCAUCUGUGGGACUGGUUCGAUUGAUUCUGUGCACGAAAUCAAGCGUAGCGUUUAUAUUGUGACCGUUCAUAUGUGGAGCACAACAUAUAAAAGCAACAAGCGUUUCAAAACUGGAAAGUACCCACUUACCCAAUUUAUUUUUGAUUAAUGUUUAUAUUUGUUCAGAACAUGUUCGUAAAGUGAUGUAUAGUUAGAAAGGAAUCUUUAUCAUUUAACAGUAUAACAAUUAGUUAGUACCUUUGUUAGAUGAAGCAUUAAUUAGAUGAAAACUCGACUAACUCUGGCAGAUUAGCAUGAGCGUUUCGUUCGCUUUAGAAGUUGUAUUAAAGCUGCAGGUAUUAACAGUCAGCAGAUAAACUUAACGUAAGCAUUACGAUUGUUUCGAGCUUGUCGUUCUUGUUGCAGCUGUGUGAGGGCAUAUUCGCGAAAAGCUGGUCGGCAGAGUUAGUGGCUGGGAUGCAGCUAAAAUACCUACUUAUUUGUAAAUAUAAUUUAUGUACAGUGCAAUACAUGUGUGUUUAGUCAAAAGGCACCACUGUAACUAUCACUUAGCAAUAAGGUGCUCUUCGGAUAACAAUUAUUCUUAUAAAGAGUCGCCUUUUAACCGACAAUGUAGUACACUGGUGAUGCCUCAUUAAAUGGACAUAUUUGUAAAGAAUGGUUAAUAGCUAAUAAUUUCAUUAUUGAUAAGAAGAACUAGCUUUUCGUGAACAUGGCUCAGGAAUGACGCUGCAUGAAUGUUGAAUUUUUCGUGAACAAAGUUCCGUUUGAAACUUCGGGCAAUAAAAACCUAACGAUUCUUGUAGGAUAUUAAUACGUACCCUGUAAAUAUGUAGUUAUGUACUUACGUAUACCAAAGCGAUGUGUGCAAUUUUAUAAGCUUAAAAUGUAUGUACUUAGAUUUAAAAUUUCAAUUUAAGUAUGUAUUUUAGAAUGUAAAUAUUAUGAAUGAGUAAAUUAUUUGAGUUACAUAUCGAAGUAACAUCGUGAAGCGACUUUUUUUUGAAAAGUUUAUCACGUUAUAAAAUUAGGUCACGUGUUAACUUUUCCGAAAAAUGCCGAUAAACGCAUUUAAAUAAAUUUAAAAUAAAUAAAUCCAGGUUUUCAUGAAAUUACAUAAUACACGGUACAUCGACUUACGCAGAGUUGUUAUGAUUGUUUAACUUUUUUGUUCUGUGCAUUUCGCAGUGUUGUUAAAUGAAUUGUCAGUUGUUGUUAAUUUAUUUAAGUCACAAAAAAGCAAUAACAGUUUAUAUUAAACCACAGUACGAAUAUAAUAUAAUUUAUAUCAACGUAUCCGACUGGGGAAACCAUAAUGACCGCCAGUAUUUCUAGUUAUAAAUGUAACGUAUAAAUUGUGAAUUCAAAUAAAUAUUUCCUUUUAAAGAUAUUUAUUUUUAAAAGAGAGCAUUUUUGUACCUGAACACUGAAGUUUUUUUCUAGUGAACUAAAAUUGUUGCAAUGUAAUCAACAAGCCACGUUGUUAUAAUAAACUGUGACCUUAGCGUGGGAUGACGCAGUUUCAUCAACAUUGUUUCCAAAAUAUUCUGCCCAUUUGGUAAAAUGUAAAACUAUAUAUUCAAGUAUGCCAUGAUUUUCAUUAUUUCAUAAAACCAUAGUCGAGGGUAUCUAUAGGUACCCUCUACCAUCUAUCUAGAUGGUCUACACUCUUUUGAACUUUAUAAUUAUUUUAUUUAUUAUGUUAUUACUCGUAGCGUAUCGCUUAUAUAGGGUAAAUAAUCGUCUACUAUUGGCUACCUUCCAAUAACUGGAUACCUUAUACUAAAAAAGAUUCUGUUCCAUAUUCACACAAUCCAAGUCAAUUUUACGGAACUAAUAUUACUUGGUUUACUUGUAUUGUGUGCAAUAAUAAGUAGGAUUCUUAUUUUAGCAAUUUUACUCGUAGUAUAAAGUGUCUAGUUAUUGGGAGGUGGCUAGUAAUACACGAUGUACUCUACUUACAAACUGGUGCGCGGUAAGUAAUGGCCGACUGAAAUCAGAUUGACAUCAAUUUGUAAAUUCUAAUCAGCCUCCAGGAAGACGAAUUUUGGUUUAAGAACUCUCACUGUUAACCGCUGAUAAAUUAUAUUCAUAACCGUUUCAGAAAAAAGAUAAGUUCGAAUCGCCCUCCCCGGGAUCAUGUAGCUCGCAACAAUGCUACGCCGUAGGCUCGUAACGUAAUUAUGGUUUCAAAUCUGGCGUAGCACCUUGGGGCCGACUCUAAUUAAACAAUUUGUUAAGAUUUUGAUCUUGAGGCCAAUCAAAACAUAAAUUUGGAUCAGAAGCUAAAAAAAUAUGUUAAAAUUAUUUAUUUAUUAACGAAGCUGAUUCUAAGAUUAAAAUCUGUGAUGGUUUUAUUAUUUUUAUAAGACCUUGACAGUAGUCGCAGUGUAUCUCGAGCGCAACAUCAAUACGUGAGAGCGAGAUGCCAUAUGACUCAUUUCGUGCGCUCCAUUAUGCGCGAGAGAUUUUGACGUAUCAAUAUAAAAACCAUAACAGAUUAAAGAAAUUGAAUCCCGCUGAAUUCGAGUGAAGAUUGAAAUCUAUCUUCUAUAUUCAUAGCACGCUUGACGUGACAUAAAUAUAUAUAAACUUACCUCAAUAGUAUUUGAACGAACGAAGCUUUACUAUUUAAACUUUCCUAAGAUAUUGGCAAUCUGAAAUGAGAUUAAUGUAACCAGGAUCUCAUUAAUUUAAAUAAAUAACUAUUUAUUAAACACUGGACAGGAACUGUAUAUAAUUGUAAUAAAUUAGUAUUUUACAUUAGAGCUACUCUUAGUUAACUACACGAACUAGAUACCUUCCGUGUGCCUAUCAGUAAAAGUGAUGUAAAUAAAUUAAUAUGAUAGUGUAAAGGAUUGAAUUCGAGGUUUUCAUUUCAAUACAUAUCAGACAAAUAUCAGCGAACUAGCCAGUAAUUUGAAUUAUUUUGUAAAAUUACUUAAGAGAUCCGAUUGUUUUGUAACUUCAAAAACCUCUAGUCAUAAUAAAAAAAUAUCACCGAGUA